AUGAAUGAAAAUAAUAUACAAAAAAAUUAUUUAGAUAUUUUAAAGAAACUAAAAACAACUAAAGCAACCGAUAUGGAAGAUGAUUUGGAAUUGGAUGAAAUCUUUGACCAUUCAAAUGUUCUCUUUAGUCGGAUCUCAAACACUAGUGAGCUUAAAUUAGAUGCUAAAGUUACAGAAAUACAUAGUGAUAUGUUUUUAAAGCAAUUUAAUAGAAAUUUAAAGACGAGAAAAAUAAACUUAGAAGACUUUAUUAAACAAGUUAAUGAAAAUAAAAAUGAACACUUUUUUACUGCUGUGCUUGCACAAAACAGGAAAUGCAACUUUGCAAAGUUUAUUGAUUUUGAUUAUUUUGAGGAAAUUAAAGAUCGUAAAACACCAGAAAGAAUUAUUAAAGUUAUUAAAGACGUUACAAAGCCAUCUGGUCAAAAUAUUAUUAAUGAAGAUGUCAAUUUAUUUUUAUUAAAUUUAGAGAAAUUACUUACAAAACAAUACAAAAUACUGUUUUAUGACUAUAUAUUGGAUUUUGAUUCGUUUGAUAAGACAGUAGAAAACAUUUUUAAUGUUUCUAUAGCAGUUAGAUCUAAAAAGAUUAUGUUUUACAUCGAUGAUAAUAAAAUAUAUUUAACUAGUUAUAAGGAAGCAAAGAGUGAUGAAAAAUUUGAUAGUCAUGUGAUACUAGACAUUAAUUACAAAAAAUAUCAAAUUUUAUUAGACAAAUAUAAAAGAGAUGAAAUAUAA